AAAAGCAUGUUCUCAUGGAUACCUUUUUAGUCUGCCAUGGCAAAAAGAAUACAUGGUGGUGAAAGGGUUGAUUUGGUAUAAAUAAUUAUCCAGGUGGGUAUAUGACAGCUGAGACUUCAUGAUGUAUGUGUGUGUGGGGAGGGAGGAUGUUUGUUAAUUCAGGCAAUGAUGCCAGGAUGGCUUGUAAAAUGUGCAUUUUAGGUGGCAAUGGAGAGUUUGUAUCAAAGUAGAGCCAUCUUUGCCUCAAAAGCUCAGGCAGAUAUGAGGUGACUUUCUGGGACUGUACAUGUGUACUUUAGCUCAUUUAGAAAUUAGUUUUUGGACAAGCUGAGAAAACCACAACUUUAUAAUGUGUUUGCAAGCUUUCUUUCAAAUUAGGUGAUGAAAACUGUCACAAAGGGUAUGUGUGUCUGGUGCAGGGAAGGGGUGUAUGCUAAUUUAACCAAAUGACAUGUCAUUAAUAAAAUGAAGAGUCCCCUCCCUCAGUUUCUGAAGAUAAAAUCUUGCUCUAUUGAUGAUGUGCAAAGCACCACCAAAGAUGGAAGCAAGAGUAAACACAGAACUUCUCAGCAAUUUUGCAAGCUUGUAAUAAUACAGAGAUGCAGGCCAUUGCACUUUCAGGGUUUCCAGGUUGUUAGAAAAAGUAGCAUUGUUAUUCUGCUCCCAAACUUUGCCAGGGCCUCUAGUUGGAUUGAACUCUGCCAGUUACAAUAUUGUGAGGCUUUUGCCCCAAACAGACUCCAGCAGCAAAACAGUGGUCCUUAAAUGCUGUACUGAAAAGGAAUUGGAGCCCUCCCUGUCUGUUCACAGUGGCAAGGAAGGAAAAAUGCUGGGGCUGGGGCAGAAAUGGAGACUGCCAUGAUGCAGCAACAGCAGCUGCUGGGGAAAAAUGAUGAGUAAUGCUUCAUCCUGGUCCAGGGAAGGACAGCCAGCUGCUCAGUCUUGCAUGCCGGCUCAGAGGCUUUGUUUCUGCCUGUACCGGGGAUAAUCAUCGUGUCCUUUUUGUACUAGCUUGGAAAUGUCACCAAAAGCAUUUUCUUUGGUUUAUGUAGCAAGACCUGAAGGAGGAUCUCUCCUUGCUUGUGUAAGCCUAUUAGAACAGCGUGUAUUCAAAUCUCAGAGAGGUAACUGGAAUGUUCCUAGGAAGCACUUUGAAGGGGGGGGGCACACAUCUGUCUCCCUGGUAUAUGUCUGGCUGCUUAUGGCAGGGCGCCUCCUGCACCCAUCCCUCGUCAAGGGGGCAGUGGGUUCAGAAUUGGUGUCACUUAGGGAGUUUGCCUUGCCAGUGGAUUUCCGGGUCAUGAGAAGAAAUAGUUCUGCUUUAUUCUUCACUCAACUUGAUUUGGAGUAUAAGUUGAAUUCAGUAUAAUUUUUCAAGUUAAAAUUCAGUUCUGGAUUUUAAGAAAGAUUGGAAUGAGUUCAGAGAAGAACAAGAUGGUUGCAGGGUCUGACAAACCAGUUCUCUGAAGAUCGUUUGGGAAAGUGUGGCUUACGCUGUAGCAUGGGAGAUUGCCGAGACAUACUCCCUGCUGUGGAAAACUGGGUUUUUUCAGAAGCUUUCAUUCCAGAGAUGAGGAUAUUAUAUAUGUGUCUCCCUAAAUCACUCACGACUUUUCCACACCUCACAAUGACUGGGUUUGGGCAAUAUACCAUGUUGGCUUAUAAGCUAGGGGUGGUUUGUUGUGUUCUGAACCCAGCAGAAUGGUUUGUGACUUUCUGGCUGGCUUCAAACAACAUGAUAAGCUUCAUGUUGAUGGUUUAUAAGCCAUCAUGGCUUAUUGAGUUGUGUGAACCCAGUUGGCAGCUUCAUAAAAUGUGUACCACACUGUCUUUUGAGCCGCAGCUCAUAACUUGUGCAAUGACAUCUGUUCACUUGGGGUGCCCUUGUGACGAUCCAUGGCAAGGCAUCAUGCCUCCAACACUAAAUUCGUGUGAUGGCUUCCCUUCCUGUGAUCUGAAGUCAAGGUUAUGUGAAACUCAGGCCAUAUUGAUACCUGGGCAAUUUCAUAUUGUAGUACGUCAGGCUUGUCCUUUUAUGACAAGGCAGUGCCUGAGGUCUGCUAUCUCCAGUUUUAGACCUGGAUGGCCGAUCAAAAUGGACUCAAGCACAGACUUUUUGUACUGUCUCUCUCUCUCUACAUGACUGAACCAAGGUGCAAAAUGGCUGACUUGAGAGACUUCUGUCCUCACCUGGAUUCCAUAGGUGAAGUCACCAAGGAUGACUUGCUUCACAAAUCCAAGGGAACAUGCCAGUCUUGUGGAGCAGGGGGACCAAACCUAUGGGCCUGCCUUCAGGUCGGCUGCCCUUACGUUGGGUGUGGGGAAUCCUUUGCCGACCACAGCACCCUUCAUGCACAGGCCAAAAAGCACAAUCUGACAGUGAACCUGACGACAUUCCGAGUGUGGUGCUACGCCUGUGAGAAGGAGGUUUUCUUGGACCAGCGGCUGGCCUCCCACCCACCAGCCCCAGUCUCAAAAUUAAUGGAACAGGACUCUCCUCUGCCGGUCCAUCCUCUCAAAGCUGUUCCAAUUGCAGUGGCUGAUGAAGGGGAGUCAGAGUCAGAGGAUGAUGACCUUAAACCGAGAGGCCUUACAGGAAUGAAAAAUCUUGGGAACUCUUGUUACAUGAAUGCUGCUCUUCAGGCCCUCUCUAACUGCCCCCCACUCACACAGUUCUUUCUGGAAUGUGGCGGACUUGUGCGCACAGACAAGAAACCCGCACUCUGCAAAAGUUACCAGAAGUUAAUUUCUGAAGUGUGGCAUAAGAAGCGCCCCAGCUACGUGGUCCCAAGCAGCCUGUCCCAUGGAAUCAAGUUGGUGAACCCGAUGUUCCGCGGCUACGCACAACAGGACACGCAAGAAUUCCUGCGCUGCCUGAUGGACCAGCUCCAUGAAGAGUUGAAGGAGCCAGUGGUUGCUGAGAUGCGGGACUCUGACUCCAGCGACACGGAUGACAAGAGGGAAGGCGACCGCAGCCCUUCAGAGGACGAGUUUCUCUCGUGUGACUCAAGCAGCGACCGGGGUGAAGGAGAUGGGCAAAGCAAAACCGGCAGCUCCCUUGCGGAAGCCGAGCUCCUGAUCCAGGAUGAGGCUGGGCGAGGGAUCUCUGAGAAGGAGAGGAUGAAGGACCGCAAGUUCUCCUGCAGCCAUCGGCGGAGCAACUCUGAGCAAGUGGACGAAGAUGCGGACGUCGAUACCUCUGUGAUGGCCGUGGACGGCAGGGCUUCCCCAGAAGCGCCGCCCCCUCCUGCUCCUCACCCAGCCAGCCCCUCCAGGACCCCAGAGCCCGAUAACGAUGCCUACAGUCACUGCUCCUCACGGCCCUGCAGCCCGGUGCACCACGACGUGCUCGCCAAAGUCUCCAGCAGCCCUCCGCGCUCGAGCCCCGUGAGGCUGGGACCCACCUAUGUGCUGAAGAAAGCUCAGAUGCCAGUUUCGGGCAAGAAGAAGAAGGAAGUCCGUUACCGCAGCGUCAUCUCUGACAUCUUUGAUGGCUCCAUCCUGAGCCUCGUGCAGUGCCUCACCUGUGACCGAGUGCGUUUCCUUACUGCUGCUGAUCCAGUGAAAAUGGUAUCCACCACUGUGGAGACAUUCCAGGACCUGUCGCUCCCCAUCCCUGGGAAGGAGGACUUGGCCAAGCUGCACUCGGCCAUUUACCAAAAUGUGCCGGCCAAGACGGGAGCAUGCGGAGACAACUAUACUGCUUCGCAGGGCUGGAUCGCGUUCAUCGUGGAGUACAUCCGAAGGUUUGUGGUAUCCUGCAUCCCCAGCUGGUUCUGGGGUCCCGUGGUCACACUGGAGGACUGUCUUGCUGCCUUCUUUGCUGCUGAUGAGUUGAAAGGCGACAACAUGUACAGCUGCGAACGAUGUAAAAAGCUGCGGAAUGGAGUCAAGUACUGCAAAGUCCUCCAGCUCCCUGAGAUCUUGUGCAUCCACUUGAAACGCUUCCGGCACGAGGUCAUGUACUCCUUCAAAAUCAACAGUCACGUCGCGUUUCCCCUGGAAGGGCUGGACCUUCGGCCGUUCCUGGCCAAGGAGAGCGUGUCGCAGAUCACGACCUACGACCUCUCGUCUGUGAUCUGCCACCACGGCACAGCAGGCAGCGGGCAUUAUAUCGCUUACUGCCAGAAUGUGAUCAACGGCCAGUGGUACGAAUUCGACGACCAGUACGUCACGGAAGUGCACGAAACGGUUGUCCAGAAUGCAGAGGCCUACGUUCUAUUCUACAGGAAGAGCAGCGAGGAGGCGGUGCGGGAGCGGCAGAAAGUGGUGUCCUUGGCCACCAUGAAGGAGCCCGGCCUGCUCCAGUUCUACAUCUCCCGCGAGUGGCUGAACAAGUUCAACACCUUCGCGGAGCCCGGCCCCAUAACCAACCACACCUUCCUCUGCAGCCACGGAGGCAUUCCUCCAAAUAAAUACCACUACAUUGAUGACCUUGUGGUGAUUCUUCCCCAGAACGUCUGGGAGUAUCUUUACAACAGGUUUGGCGGUGGCCCCGCGGUGAACCAUCUGUACGUGUGCUCGGUGUGCCAGGUGGAGCUGGAAGCGCUGGCGAAGCGGAGGAAGCUGGAGAUCGACACGUUCAUCAAGCUGAACAAGGCCUUCCAGGCUGAGGAGUCUCCGAGCGUCAUGUACUGCAUCAGCAUGCAGUGGUUCCGCGAGUGGGAGGCCUUUGUCAAAGGCAAGGACAACGAGCCUCCUGGACCGAUUGACAACAGCAGGAUUGCCGUGGCGAAAGGAAGUGGACACGUGCAGGUCAAGCAGGGAGCUGAUUAUGGGCAAAUUUCCGAGGAGACGUGGAUUUACUUAAGCACGCUCUACAGCGGAGGCCCCGAGAUCGCCCUGCGGCAGAACGUGGCCCAGGUGCAGGAGGUGGAAAGUCUGCACGGAGAGCGGAAGAUCGAAGCAGAAACAAGGGCCGCCUGAGCAACGGUCCAGCCGACCCCAGAGAGGAGGUGCCCGGCAAGUGCGCUUGUCCCCCAGGAAAACUGGGGUUCAGUCAGCCACCUUUUCCUGAGUUAGGCCAUUGGGGCCAUCUUGGCUGGCACGCCAACUUUCUAUGCCAGCUAGGGAUGAUGAGCAUUGUAGUCCAACCAAUUGGCAGGCACCAGGUUGGGGAAGAGCGGUCUGCUGCCUCCGGUUACAGUUUUUCGGGAAAACCCAGAAAUCCAUGAUUUAAUGAAAUGGGAAAGCACCCAGCUAAAAAUCAGCAGCCUGCGGGGGAGGGGGGGGCUGGAGCUGCGGCCCAGCGCCUGGGCGGGGAGGGCUGGCCGAACAGUCAGUCUUUCCCGCCCGGCGUGCCUCGCACAGGGCUCCCCCAGUCCUGCCCUGGCCGUGCUUUCCGUAUCUCUGUGCUAAACUUUCAGGGCGGCUCUUGUCGCAGUUUUCUGCUUCUGGGAGCUUCGGGUUUGUCCGCAGGCUGGCCCUGUAAGCCUUUGAGUGCGAAGGGCCCGGAGAGGGGAAGCCUGCCGAGGGGACUGUUCCUGGGGGCAGCAGCCCCUUCUGCAGGGGCACGGCUCUGCCCAGAGUUUCUGCGAGCAGGAAGGCAGGGCCUGACCUCCGUCCCAUUGCCUUUGCUAGACCGGGCCAGGCUUGGCUUCCCCACCGGGGAGUGGACAUUCUGCCUCUGCAGGGAGUCUGCGAACACUCUUGUUUUGAACCCAGAACGUGCACAGCAGUGGCGGCCACCUCGCCCCGUCCACCAUGAGUUCUGCCGUAGCUCCUCAGAAACGACGUUCCAGAAAGGCCGGCAAGGCCCGACAGCCUCACGGAAGAAAGAGUGUCCCUCCAGCAGGAAGAGACAAGGCCUGUGUUCCCUCCCGCUCCACCCGGGAAAGCGCCUCCUGGCCAGCUGGCCGGCCGGCCGGCCUCAAGGCACGCGCUCCCUGCCAGGGCCAACUCUGUUGGCGGUCAGCGUGGCCGUUGGUGGCCCCCCUGGCCACCCGCCCAGAGGAGGGCCACGUUCCGUGGCUUCUCUGGGCUUCCUGCCAGUUCAGCAGAAGCAGCGGAGCCCAGGCUGGCGGGGAGACAUGACGUGCUCCUCGUGCCUCGUCCGGAGGAUGCCGCUGCGCUGGCGUUCCUUCCGCCGCUGCACACCGGAGGGCGCUGCUCCCCUUCUUCUGAUCAGCGGGCGCUUUCUGAUCUUACCUAUCACUAUUUGUGUAUUUAUUUGCAAGGAUCAACCCCCCGUCCUUAUUCACCGUGACUGUUCUCCCGGACCCCCCUUCCCGCUCCCCCAGAUUUCACAAAGCUCACACGAUACCUUGCUGACCUUGGCGCCCCGAAGCAAACAGUGGCCCUUGUGGGCGCAUCCCUUCAGGCUUGAACCGUGCCUGCUUAGCGGCGCCUUGCCCUUCGGAGGGCCUCGGCAGCGAGAAGCGCAGCAGUACUGGGAUGCCGGCCGGCCGCAGGCGGCUCCCCUGCCUGCCCCCACAAGCAUCCCCUCAGUGUAAGGGCAAGAAAGCCAGCAGCUCGUCUCCCGACUGCCCCCCUCCGCGGAGCGCGGGCGACCAGGCAGGUCCUCCGAGGAGCUCCGUGGCCCCACAGUGCCUGCGGGACUCGGAGAGGUAGAGCGGGGGCACGAAACCGCUGCCGAGGCCCGGCACAGCACCCCGACAGCCCUCGGCAGAGGAGGUUGUGAAGGUGCUGAGCCUCGCCACUCGCUCUGAUGUCGCACCUAUCCUGGUUUUCCGCAAACGCACACGCAGCCUUCCUUCGCCCACCUCCUCUCGUUUCCCUGAACGCUCCCAGGAUUCCAUGGGCCUCUUCUGGGGCAAGCUGUCCCUUGUGAGCGGGACGGGGUGGUCGUGGGAUGAAGGGGUGGGGCGAGCGAGGCUUUUGGAGACCGGCUGCUCCACCAGCAGCAGUUGGUGGCCGUUUCACCAAGAGAAAGGCGGGCCCUUCUUGCGCACGCCUCCUUGCUUUCCCCGUUGACUGGAACGUCCCGAUCCCCGAAGGAACUGCUCCCGAGGCGGCCAGGGAGGACUGGGCCGCGUCGCUCCUCACGCCUUGUGUCACCGGAGCCUGGCGCCCGUGCCUGUUUGCCACGGAGCUUCUGCGGCAGCAGUUGUGGUUGUGCUCCGUGCGUGUGCUUCCCCAGAGACGGACCCCCCAGGGUGUCUACCGGCUCCUGUGCUCGAGUCGCUCCAUUCUGCUAAGAACGUGAGCCAAUAAAGUUGCUUGCCUCUCGCA